AUGGUGGUUCUCAUUUCUGCAAUAAGGUGUUCAGCUCUCUUCUGGCUAAAUAUGGAGUCAAAUAGCACAAGGACAGAUUGGGCACGGAAGUUAGAUGAUGCUUUAUGGGCAUAUUGGACAGCUUUCAAGACGCCUAUUGGUAUGUCCCCAUAUCAAUUGGUGUUUGGAAAGGAAUGUCAUUUGCAGGUUGAGCUUGAGCACAAAGCAAUCUGGGCUUUGAAGAAGCUGAAUCUUAGUUGGAGCGAAACUGCAAACCUAAGGUUGGAUCAGAUCAAUGAGAUAGAUGAGUUCCGUCUGACCUAUGAGAGGUCUGCACUGUAUAAGGAGAGGAUAAAGCUAUACUAUGACAAGCAUAUUGAGAAAAGAAGCUUCACUCCUGGUGACUUGGUGUUACUUUUCAACUCCAGACUUCGUCUGUUUUCGGGAAAGUUGAGACCCAAAUGGUCUGAACCUUUUAAGGUAACGCAUGUGUGUCAGUCGGGUGCUAUUGAGCUGGAAAAUGAUAAGGGCGAGAGGUUCAAAGACAAUGGCCAGCGAAUCAAAGCAUACUUGAGUGUUCCAGAGGAUGUGAAGAUUGUGGAGGAAUGUAAACUUGAAGAAGUCUGA